AUGAUUAUUUAGUUCGUUUUGAAUUUUUUCAUUUUCUUUUUAUAUUGUCUGAAUAUCAAGUAAUAUUCUGUUAUAAUUUUCUUCUAUAUUUUAUUUUUCAUUUAAAACUUAGCUUUUAUUCAUGUUUUCUUUUUAUUGGAAAUUAGAUAUCUUAUUUUCUAUGUUUUAAAUAUAUUAAUCGAAGCUUUAUGUUGUUUUUAAAUAAUAAUCUUGACAUUUUAAAUCGAUUUCUUGAAUAUAUUUAACUACAUAAUCUUCUGUAUGGGUUAUUUUUUGUUAAAAUAAUCAUAUUGUUUUAAUAUUUCAAUUAUUUAUUCUUCUUUCUCGUUUUAAUUUUAUAAAAUUAUUGUUUAUAUUGAGUUUUCUAUUUCUUAUUUUAUAUUUAAAACUGAUAAACCAUUAUAGGUAUUAUUUGUUUCUUUCAAUGUCAUUAGUCUAUCACUUAGUUUUACGUUUUCCUCAUUUGCUGCUACUCUCUAUUCUAAUUAUUCUAAUCUUAUUUGA